GGAGUUACAUUGUGUUGUUUAAGUGUUCCCUUUAUUUUUUUGAGCAGUGUAUGUACAUUUUAUGUCACUCUUCCUUACCAAAACAAAUUCAACUGUGUGUUCUGGGAUAUAGCAUAUAAUGGAGUUGGAAUCAAGUGAACCCUCUCACGACUUUGUAUACGUGGAUGAGGCUGACUUCAACCUGACCAAAUGCAGAAGGCGGGGUCGGAAUAUCAUCGGUCACAGAGCUACUGUGGAUUUGCCAGGCCAACAAGGAGGAAAUAUCACCAUGUGUGCUGCUAUUUUGGAGCAUGGUGUCCUAACCCAUAUCCCCCUUAUAGGGCCAUACAACACCCAGCAUCUAUUCAACUUUUUAGAGACUCUCUACAGGGCUCUCAUCCCUGAUGAUGAGAGGGGUCUGUUUAGAGAGGAUUUGCCAAAGUAUGUGGUCAUUUGUGAUAAUGUGAGUUUCCAUCGAUCAAACAUCAUAAGGCAAUGGUUUGUGACCCACCCGAGGAUGCUCAUAGAAUUCCUCCCACCUUAUUCACCAUUCCUUAACACAAUUGAGGAGUUCUUUUCAGCAUGGAGGUGGAAGGUGUACGAUCAUCAGCCACACACACAGAUGACCCUGCUGGCUGCAAUGGAUGCAGCAUGUGAGGACAUCACAGUAGACGCCUGCAGAGGAUGGAUAAGGCAUUCCAAAAGAUUCUUUCCACGUUGCAUCGGAAGGGAAAAUAUCCGGUGUGAUGUGGAUGAGAAUAUGUGGGCCGACAGACAGGAACGUCUGGAUGUGUAGAGACAGCACUAGAACAGCGCUGCGGGCAAAGUUGUGCCUUAGGGGUGGUUUCCUGUGUUUCUUUCUAAUUUAGUUGUUUUUCCUUUGUGCCCCCUGGGUUGUCCAGUCUCUUUCAGUCAAUAACCCACAUACAGUAAUAUGUAAAUAGUACUGUUGAAAUUGAUAUACGCCAUAGAAGUGCAGCCUUGUGCAUUUUCAAUACAGUAACUGUCAUCCAAACUGUAGCCGAAGUUUACAUCAGAUAAUACUAUCAAAGUACACAGUUCCAUUGACAACAUGCCUAAACAUUUUGACGACCUUGUUCGUGAACAAUGACUCAAUGACUUAUCAUUCUGAUGACACUGACAUGAUCAUUGGCAUGAAUAUUUACUUUUGAGAGAUGUACUAAGGAUUUUUAGUGACUGACUAGCUUUAGAAACACAUCUAUUGUAUAUUACAGUUUGUACAAAUUGUUCUGAGAAAUGCACUUAUUAUUUUGCACAUGUUAGGGAUGAUGUGAAAAAUGCACCAAAGCGACUGAGAAAAACUGUAAUCAGCCCUCUUCUCAAAAGCAGCACAGCUGGCGCCACCUGCAGGAUCGCGACGACCUGUGCCUGCCGCUCCAGUAGGGGGCGACAGUGCAAAAUGUAUUAUACCGUGCACGCACAAAGACUGACAGCGCUCUUUGUCUUGUUGACUUUGUUUACGUUGGUAGCUAGCUGGCUAACCUGGCUAGCUAGAUAGCGUUUCUUCUCAAAAAAUGUCUAAAAUGGAGUACCUGAGAGUGUUUCUCAACCAGAAAUUAAUAGCGGCAGCUGAAGAGAUAUUUGGUGUCGUUGAAGAAACGAUAGCAGAGUACCAGGAAGAGGUUUCUCACACAAAGGAGGAGAACAGGCGUCUACGGAGCAUGCUGGAUAUUCGUUCUAAGCCACAGAUCAAGUUACAUAGACGAGCAGACCUCCAGCAGCUCACGGUCACCGUGUCUGAUGAACAGCAGGAGUGGAGCCCCAGUCUGGAGCAGAAGGACCCAGAACCCACACGGAUGAAAGAUGAACAGAAUGAACCAAGGACCAGUCAGGAGGAUGAGAACAAUUUCAACGAGUUUAUCAAUUCUUACGGCUGUGUAUCAAGUGACUAUUAUCAGGACCCAACUCAGUUCUCACAUGAAGAGAGAUACUCUCUACCCAGCACCUCAACUGAACAGAUCAAAACAGAACCUUAUGUAGAAGACUAUGGUGUAUCAGAACCAACCAGAGAGUCUCAGCCCUUUUCUGCAGUAGAUAGAGAGUGUUCUGCAGCUCAGAGUGAAAACAGAGGACAUAUUGACAGGAUGGAGAGUGGAGGACCUCUGUCAGGUCUAACGUUAAAGCCACUCAAAUCAAAGAGAACAAAGACAGUAAAAGGACAGCGUUCUCAUAGUGUUAAGGACAGGAAAUUGAACCAUCUAAAAUCACACUCAAGACCCAGUGUAAGCUGGGAUGCUGCUCCUAGUUGUAAGGUAUGUGGAAAGCAAUUUGAAUCCAUGGCUUCUUUAUUAAAUCACGUGCAAACGCACACACAGGAUAAAGAACAUGUCUGUGGUGUGUGUGGGAAAUUCUGUCAGUCCACAGAAAGUAUGAUAGAUCACCUACAAACUCACAUCGGAGCAAAGUGUUGUCAUAUUUGUGGUAAAUAUUUUGCUUGGGAUACUUUCCUGAAAAGGCAUUUGAGGAGUCAUACAGGGGAGAAGCCGUUUCGCUGUCAUGAUUGUGGCAAAGGAUUUACUCAGCGCGGACACCUAAACUUACAUAUGAGGAGCCACACAGGGGAGAAACCACAUCAAUGCCAAGAUUGUGGCAAAUGUUUCAGCCAGAAUACAUCUCUGAUAGUGCAUAUGAGGACUCACACAGGGGAGAAGCCAUACAUGUGUCCUGUGUGUAGAAAAUGCUUUACCACAUCAAGUAUGUUAAAGAAGCAUCAGACAGCUCACAAACAUAUAGGUGUCAUGAAUGUGGCCAAUGCCACAAUGGAUUCAGACCAUACGGAGCCACAUGAAGAGGGUUUACAAGGAGGAGAACACAUGACUGUUCCCUGUGUGGGAACAGAGAAUCAGACAGCAGACAGAGACAUGUGAGAGGAGAAUCAGGAGAUAGCCCUCCUCAGGACACUGCUCUCUGAUUAAUAUCACGUUCUUACAGAGAGCAGUUAGUGUGUUUCUGAGCAACAGGAGUCCCUGCUCAUUAGUUAUAGGAUGACACAGAGGACAUGAUGUGAUCCACUGUUCUCUGUCUGUAUAUAAACCUUGCAUUGGUCUUGAGUAAUAUGUCUUGUUCAUAUAUGGUAAUAUGUCACAUCUGCCCUGAUGUUGCAAACAGCCUAGUAUUCAGAAUGUUUGUUCCCUUGUGUUUAAUGUGGCAAGAUCUUCCAUACACCAAAUGUCAUACUUACCUCUGAGCCUAAUGCCAAAAUGCACCAAGGGGAAAAAAAGAAUAAUAAUUUAAUGUGUAUUUACAUGUAUAGAGAAUUGGUAUGAUACAGUUACGCUAUGUUCAAUGGUAACUAAAUAUACCACCUGAAAUGAGAGCUGCUUCUUUCAACCAACCCAGAUAUUGUACAUUCCCAGACAUCCAUGAAGUACUACAGAAUAAAUGGCUGAUAAUGUG